AUGGCUGCUCCUCUCUCCAAGGAGUUGAGAGAACAAUACAACAUCAAGACCUUGCCAAUCAGACAAAAUGACGAAGUCAUUGUUGCCAGAGGCUCCAAGAAGGGAUCCGAAGGUAAGGUGAACUCUGUAUACAGAUUGAAGUUUGCUGUUCAAAUCGAGAAAUUGCAAAAGGAGAAGUCCAACGGUGCUUCUGUUCCCCUCAACAUCCACCCAUCCAAGGUUGUCAUUACCAAGUUGCACUUGGACAAGGACAGAAAGGCAUUGAUUGAGAGAAAGGGCGGAAAGAUCGAGUAA